UUUUUCAGCUCAUGUUAAAUCCGUGCCUCCUUAUACCCUUUGUCUUUCUAGCUCAACCACCAAAAAGCACCAAGCUGUAGACUACUUGUUAUCUAGCAAGCAGAGCCAUGACAACCUGUGAGAGCCUGCAACACAUGUUUGAAUCCCUCUCAUGGAACCAAAUAGAACCUGUGAAAUCCAUAGAGAGAUCCUCCUCAUAUACUGAAAUAUUUGAUGAACUCCAUUCAAAAUUCAACCAGAAUGAAGACUCUGGAGCUUCUGAUACCAGCCAAAUUCCAUAUUCUUCAUCCUCUUUUUCAAACACUCCAAUAACAAACCACACCAACAGGCACAAAACUAGUGACAGCUUUUCAUCAUUGAGUUCUGAAAGCUUGCAGCUUUGCACAGAGGGUCUUGGUUCUGAGAGCUCAGAUGAUGUUGUUGAGGACUUGAAGAGUGGAAUGAGUGAGCAUUGGAGAAUUGACAUGGAGAAAGAGGGUGUGAAGAAGAAGCAUUUAUCUUCUUAUGGUGGGGAAUGCAGGAGGUCAAGAGAGUACCCUCCUCCAAUUUCAUGCCUAGGGAGGACUGGGAAGCCUUGUGUUGUCUACAGGUCCUACAGGAGUAAUGGGAGGUUUGUGCUUGAAGAAAUAAGGAUACCCACAAAGGAGUUCUUACAUGCUAGUAGAGAGGAUGGAAGGCUCAAGUUGCAUUUUGUUCAGCCUGAUGAUGAUGAAUUUCUAGAAGAAGAUGAUGGUGAUUUAGAAAGUACUAUAAAUGAUGAAGAAGAAAGCAUUGGAAAAGAAAAUGAUAUUUGUGUAACACAUCAUGUAAAUGAAGAAAAAAUAGAAUGAUGCCUAAGUGACUAGUCAUUCACUUGAUGAAAGACAGAAAACUAGAAUAUUCAAGAUGUCGGACUUAGAAGGCGCGGAUCAAAAAUGUAAUUGUAGAUUGGAGAGUUUGAUAAGCUUUGUUCGAGUGUGGUCUAGUCCAGAAUGUGUUGGCUAUCAGACUUAUCGGACCUGAUGUUAUGUACCAUUGUUGUCCCUCACACUAUUUGAUGUGGAGUUCUUUUUGUUUCAACAUAAUUUCUUCCCAUUGGAUUUGCAAAAUAAGAUUAAGAAAAUUGAAAUGUGACAUGC